CGGCCGGGUGUGCAAGUAGGUCUGAAUUGGCUGCUAACAGACCAGCCAACUAACUAACUAGUUGGAGGAUUUGUCCCAUAGCAGCGUGUUCGUCUUUGUCCGCUGACGGGAGGCCACGUUGGCCGCGAUGGAAGUGGACAAAAUGGACGAGAACGACUGGAGGUACCACGGGGAGGGUAACAAGAGCCUGGUGGUCUCCCAUGUCCAGCUCUCCAAAGUUCUGCGUCUGCUCAAAUACCCUGCUGAGGACUCGGAAAACCCCCCGCAGACGACAGAACAGGCCUUCAGGCAGAUCCAGAACAUUGUUGACUUCAGCACCAAUGUGAUGAGCAACCUGCUGGGAGAGAAGUUCAUCCACAGUGGAGAAGUAGUCAAGCUGCCUCUUGAGUUUGUGCGACAGUUGUCUAUCAAAGUUCAACAUCAGCGACCUGCAUGGCGUUGUGAUAAAGUUAUGGACAUAUACAGUGGCUGUGCCCUUUGUCUGCCAAACCUGACAUCUCCAAGCCUCCAGCAGCCAUCACACCCUCCCCCACUGUGUGUGGAAAUUAAGCCCAAGUGUGGCUUCCUGCCGUCCGCCAAGCACAUCAGCAGAGACAUCAAGACCAAAGUGUGUCGCUUCUGCAUGCACCAACACUACAAGGUGGCCAACGGGCGCUGGAAGAGACGCAGCCUGUACUGUCCUCUCGACUUGUUCUCAGGGAGCAGACAGAGAAUGCACUUUGCUAUCAGACAACUCAUAGAAGAACCUCAGAACAACUUCAAAAUCUUCAAGGGAGGUCAGUGUAUAUACAGCAGCAAGGAGGGCGGUGGCAGCGAAGACUCUCCGGACCUGAACUCUCUGCUGUAUCACCUCAGACCCUACUUCCUGUACGGAAACAAUCGCAUCAACAGUCAUGUGACCGGGAAAGGGGUCCUCAACGACUUCAUCCAGGUUCUGGUGAACGCCCUGCUGAAUGGUGGGGGUGGAGGGGGUGGGGUUGUGACGGAGCGACAGAGAGAGGGGCGGAGCUUCUGCGAGGCCAGCCUCUUCAACAAGGAGAGGAGUCGACAUGGCUCUCAGGGUUUGCCCAGUGACAGCGUUUUGUUUCGGAUCCUUCAAACUCAAAUGUUGGACACUUUGAACAUUGAAGGACUUUAUCCUCUGUAUCGCCGAGUGGAGCAACACUUGCAGGACUUUCCCAAGGAGAGAAGUCGCCUCCAGGUGGAUGGUCCGUACAACGAGGCCUUCCUGGAGAGGUUACAGAAGUGUCCGACAGAGGAUGACGGCUCUGUGGACUUUGCGGUGUCCAGGGUCCAUCAGUACCGCGUCGCCAUGACGGCAAAAGACUGCUCCAUCAUGGUUGCUCUGGUACCGAGCAGUGACGAGGAAGAUGAUGAAGUUCUCUCCAGUCAGAGGUGUCUCAGGGACUUCUUCACCUCCAGACCUCCCUCUUUUUCCUACUCCGUCUCCAUUCUGGAUCUGGACCCAAAACCCUUCGACAGCAUCCCGUUCCAGCUGCAACUGGACCAGAAAAUUGUCUCAUGCUAUAUGAGGGUGGGUGCCGCCUUGCCAUUGCACUCGGGCGUCAUCACGACGUCUGACAGAGACGACUGCACGCUGCUCUUCAGGCCCGUCUGAGCAGCUGGGCAUUGCGCUUUGACACUGGUGGUGGAAUUGACACUUGUGCUGAUGCAUCUCGGCUACGAUGAGGUGUUAGGGUUGUUUCUUUUGUGCCGUCAGGAGAAGAAUCCCUCCAUUCUGCCAUUAUUAGUUUGUUUAAAAAAAAAAAAAAACAACAUGUUUUUGGAGGGUACUUUCUUCAUUUGGUGGUGGCGGUUUGGGGAUGGAUGCGGGUACUUGGCAACACUUUUACUUCACCAUGGCAACACUACUACCAGUCAAGUGCCAAGAAAGAUGCGGGUUAUGGGUCAUGAUAUUUUUAUGAUGUCAUUCCCUGAAUGUAUGUGGAGACCUCUGAGGGGACAUCACCGUGGCAACAAGCUACAUAAACAUGUCUUCCUUUGGUUUGCGUGUCAGCAGCAGCCAGGUGUUUGGUUUGUAAGCAAAUUGCUUUGCUUUCACUCAAGAUUCUGAUUCCGGCACCUCCAGCCCAACUUAACCCAAAUUUGAACAAAUAAGAUGAGCCAGCUUAGUUUGUUGGAGAAAACAAACAGUGAAACCUCACUCGAGCGAGUACUUGUUCACAAAGUCAUGUGACCAGUCCCUCUGAGCUCCAGCGCAGAGUUGACUGUCUGGGUGCCAGGAGUGUACCAUACUUGUGCCAUACUUGUAGAACUUUAUAAGUGUUGUGCCUAAAUGUUCUGAUAAAACUGUGUGUGUGAGUGUGAGAGAAAGAAACAUUGUUACAAGCUGCUUUCAUGUUAAACAUACCUGUGAACUCUCAGCACUCCUGAUAACUUCAGCAGAGGGUCACAAGGUCAUCUGACAUGUUAGGGUGCCGUCUGAAUCAUUGGUGAAGUCUUUGUAUCCACUGGAUGAGACACCACACUGCAGAAGUAAAAGGUCACACAAUAGACAGCAGGGCCUGAUGGGACCUUGUGUGACAGCAACCUAAACCAAUCAGAAUUCAGAUUGUGAUGGUGAGCUGUUUGAGUGUGUGUGAGUAAAAUGUUGAGAGAAAAAAAAGAUAUUUACAAAUACAAAGGCUGCUGUCUGGCAUUUUGUAUUUAAAUUAUUUAUUUUUGUAGAUUUUAACCAAUGAGCUCUGCUGUCAGACUUUCUACUGAAUAAACACUUUGUAAGAGA